AUGCGGACCAAACUCACAGAUAAAAUAUAUGUUUUUGAGGAAAUCCCUCGUCAGGCGAAACCAACAAGUCGAACAUCUCUUCUUGCGUCCGAAUAUGGAAGGCAGGAAGAAGAGGAAGAAGGUCUUUGUUCACAGAUUCUCCUAGUUUUGGUCUUCUUCAUCCUCUUUAUUAGUAUCUGCUUAAUCGGCUUUUGGAUUGGUGGCCACUGGAAUCAUAGUCCUGAGGGAAUAUGUACGGAUUAUGUUUCGCAAUAUUCUCCAGUUCUCGAAGAUCUGAGCCUUUCCUAUACCACGAUACCUUUCAAUGGGUCGCUUCUUGAACCCAACGAGUAUCGACAAGACGCAGGUCCAGAAGUUGAUGCGGCCUGGAAGAAUUUAGGAGUAGAUUAUCGUGGAAUCGCCGUUCCUGCCGUACUUGCAGCCAAAUCCGGACUCAAAGCAGAUCAAGUGAAAAUCAAUGAGAAGUACGGUGGAGGUUACCCCGCCAACGUGGAAGGCUUGCAUCAUCUUCACUGUUUGAAUCUUCUUCGACAAGGACUAUGGUAUAAUUAUGAUUAUUACCAUGAGAAAGGAGAAGGCGCCUUCAAGAAUGAUAUUCCGAUAUUGAAGCUUCAUGUUUCUCACUGUCUUGAUAUUAUUCGUCAACAAUUGAUGUGUACAGUUGAUAUUGGUGUAAUGGGUCAAGUUUGGGUACAUCCUGAAGCCCCGGAGGCAUACGUUGAUUUCAACACGAAGCAUAGGUGUCGUGAUUUUGAUGCUGUCAGAGACUGGGCUGAAGAACAACAAAUGCCAGCCGAUUUACCGGAUGACUUCUUGCAGCCGCCAAAAGCGGGAGACAAAAUAUACUCGGAUUAUCCAUGA